AAUGUUAAGUUUCGUUUUCCGAACAGUCGCUGAAACAGAGACCGGAAAGUAAACACCAAGUCUUUUCGUUCUUCCACCCAGGAGAAAAAGCUGUAGUGCCUUCCUGCUCCUGCUUCUGCUUCUGCUCCUUCUCCUGGUCGUGGUCCUGGUUCUGGUUCUACACUUGCUCCUUGUCUUUCUCCUGGUCCUUCUUCUGGUUCUGGUUCUUAUCCUGGUCCAUUCUCCACGAUGACGUCUUCUGAAGCUAUACUGAAGCAGGUCUGUGCGAAUGACGGCUCAAUGCUCUAUGAAGACCUGAUAUCUGACUUCAGGAGCGGGAUGUUUGACGGCUGGUUCAACACCUCGUUAAUCGAUCGAAUCCUUGAAGACACCGAAUCUCUCGUGACGGUUUUGGUUAACGAACAAAAAACGGUUAUCGCCAGAGCUGGAGUGAAGCUGUGCAGGGAGAAGAUCUGUACCGGAUGCUCGAAUAUACACCUGUGCAAGUUCUUCUUACUGGGUGACUGUCAAUACGGAAGAGGAAGGCGAGGAUGCCGUUUUAGCCAUGACCUGCAGGCAAACGCCAGCGCCCUCCAGAAGCAUGGCCUGAGUCAGCUGGACAGGAGAGAGCUUUGUAUCUUACUUCUCCAGAGCGACAACAGCAUCCUACCUCCUGUGUGCCAUUCUUACAACAAUGGCACGGGCCCAUACGGGCGCUGCGCCGAAGCCGACAACUGCAAGCGGAUGCACAUUUGCGAGAAGUACCUGAAAGGCCCGUGUCAGUGUCCACGAGCGCACGAUUUCUACGAGCCCCAUCCUCAGAAAGCGUUGCAGGACAGAGGCGUCCCCAACGAGCUCAUGCCGUCUAUGAAGAAAAUCUACUCCAACAUCGAGUGCUUACGGAUAAAGGCUAAAGUCACCUCGUCUCAGAACGGCGCUCAAUCGAACAGAGGCCAGAGAUCGGGCAGAAACGGCAACUUCCAGAAACAGUUUUCGGAAAACGCUAAAGCCGGUGGAGGUCCCAGGAAUAAAAGAGGCUCAGGAGGUCCCAGGAAUCCUCAACACAAUCACGAGAAAACCGAGAUCUGUAUGUACUUCGUCAAAGGACACUGCAGGAACGGGGAUAAUUGUCUUCGAGAGCACUCCAAGUUGCCCUAUAAAUGGGAGGUGAAGGAGGGACUCGGGUGGGCAGCUCUUCCUGACAACGAGGGGUUAGAGAAGGAUUACUGUAACCCAGCCAAAACCUACAGCGCUGGAGUCUGCUUUGAUACAAUGACUCAGUACGGGGAGGCAGUGCGGCGUCUCUCAACGGUGUCCUCCGUGAUUCAGCCCCACUACAUCCUCACCACCAGGUGGUUGUGGUACUGGGAGGACGAGAACGGCCAGUGGGUCCAGUACGCGUCUGCCGGCGGAAGUCACAACGCGGCUUCCAUCACCAGUGAGGACUUGGAGCAGAAAUAUACCCAGGACAACAAGGCAGAUGUGGAGUUCACAGCAGGAUCGCAAACGUACACGCUCAGCUUCCAAGAUAUGAUCCAGACUAACAAGCGCUACAUGACCAAAAAGUUGGUGAGUCGUCGGCCGGAGUUCGUGUCGGCGGAGGACGCCCAGAGAAUCCGAACGACCAAACCAGUUGCCGGCAACCCGAUGAAAACACUACCGAGCCACUGGAAUAAAGCUCUGACCCCCGAGACGGGUUACAAGAGGUUACAGGUGCAGAAGGAUUCCAGCGAAUACACUACGAUCGAGCGCCUUUUCAAAUCCACCAUGCACGGUUUCAGCGUUCAGAAGAUCGAGAGGAUACAAAACAGAGCCCUCUGGGAAGUGUUUCAGUGGCAGAAAGAUCUGAUGAUCAAAAAUAACAAGGGGGGGAGCGUCGCUGAGAAACAGCUGUUCCACGGGACGGACCCCAAACACGUCGACGCCAUCUCUCUCAAUAACUUCGACUGGAGGAUCUGCGGCACUCACGGGACCGCCUACGGGAAAGGGAGUUAUUUUGCCCGGGAUGCGAAGUACUCGCACGGCUACACCGGAGACUCCUCAUCCCGCUGCAUGUUCGUGUGCCGUGUCCUGGUUGGUGACUACACGGUGGGCCACUCCAGCUACACCCGCCCCCCCUCCAAAGACGGCGGAGACACGUUUUUUUACGACAGCUGUGUGAACGAGAUUGGCAACCCGUCCAUCUUCGUAGUGUUCGAGAAGCAUCAGAUCUAUCCAGAGUAUCUGAUUAUGUACAACGAGACGAGUCAGGCGUCUUCCCCGUAUUACAGGCCAAAUCCGUCUGGAGUAAGCGGUGUGACUUAUACUCAGACGGCUUCUGCGUAUCAAUCCUUCUCCACUCUCAGAGCUCAAGCAGCAACUACGGCGUACAAACCCACCCCGGCUCCAACCACCCCGGCAUACAAACCCACCCCGGCUCCAACCACCCCGGCGUACCAACCCCGGCCUGCGACAUCGUCCUAUUCACCUUCAUAUUCGCCAUCAUAUUCGUCAUCAUAUUCGUCUAAUUCAUACUCCAAACCCUCCUCCUCUCGUCAAUCCAAAUCAGACAACUCCUGCAUUAUCUGCUGAGGACGUGAUCAAAUCCACUGGUCUGUAUCCACCCUCAUCGCUCUCCUUCUGUAAUGUGACCUUUUGGGUGGGUUUCUAUUUCCACUGAUAUUAGCAUUCAUUGAAAACGAUGUGCUUCGAGAAUCAGAAGUAUAAUCAGGUUUUAGAGGCUCGCUUUCAGAAAUUAAAUGUUAGCAGAUAUUCGCGUAUUUGUCCAAUCGAAACACUUUUUUCUUUCUUUCAUAUAUUUAGUGCUUUAUUUCACUAAUCAUUUACCGAUUAAACCGAAGGAUCGGUUUUCUUUUUUUUUGCUCGCUUACAUCGACACUCGCUGCAGCCGCGGCCGACCGUGACGUCCAUUUUAUCAGCGCAAAUACACUCUGUGGCCAAAAGUAUUGGGACGCCCGACCGUUUGUUGAGUCUUCGCCAAACUGUUCCCACAAACUUGGCGGAACACAGACGUCUUUGGAUGCUGAUAAUGCCUUGGGAAGCAAGAUCUCCUGCUAUAGCACUUUAAACCCCAUUGAACACCUUUGGGAUGUAUUUUUCACACUGACUGCACACCAGGUCUCAUCACUUCAGUGCCUGCCUUUAUUUUAACACCCCUGUGGCAUAAACCCCCACAAAAUCUCUUGAAAAGUGAACGUUAAGUGAACGAAACAGCAACCGGAUACUAGCGCUCGUGCAUCCACAUACUUUUGGCUAUAUAGUGUGUAUGCCAGUGGCUUAAAAACAUGCUUUCAGUUUCCUCACACCAAUAAAAAAUACUUUUAUUUACUCAAAUAAUUCUAUGAUUUGUUUGGAUCCAAUUGGAUUUUAAUAAAAGAGAGUCGGAUUCGUGUAACGUUGAGAUUUAGCAGUCGAAUUGUGGAAAUCUUUUGACUCAGGACUUUUUUUGAGUUUAAUGUUCAAAUGUUUACUCGGGUUCCACCCAAAUCAAUAAACACAAUGUUAUACGAUUAA